UGAAAAAGGAAAACGUUUCUUCUUCCUGAGACGCAGCCUGCAGGGUCUUCAUUUUGGAUAUGAGCUUGAGUCUGAGUAGUGGCAAUAACUGGAGUUACAAGCUGAGUACAGCACCAAUAGAUUGUAUCUCCCAUAAAACUUCCCAAGCAGCAAUAAGCAAAGAGAAAGGGAAGGGACUGCACGAAAAAAAAGCCAUAGAAUUUGACACGCCAGACAAUGACCUCAAGAAUGAUUUUGAAAAACGCAGGAACACAAAAUACCAUCCUCUGAUUAACGCGCUAAAAGCCUCGGCAAAUGAAAAUGCAGCCAGCUUUCACUUCCCAGGACAUAACCGAGGACAAGCAGCUCCUUCAUCAUUGACCAAUCUAAUUGGCCAAAGUCCAUUUAUGCAUGACCUGCCCGAACUCCCGGAGCUCGACAAUCUUUUUUCACCCGAGGGACCUAUUCUGGAAGCCCAAAAACAGGCGGCUGAUUUAUUCGGAGCUUCAGAGACAUGGUUUCUUGUAGGCGGCAGUACUUGUGGGAUCCAAGCUGCGAUAAUGGCAGCAUGUUCGCCUGGAGAGACUCUCGUGCUCCCUCGGAAUUGUCAUAUUUCGGCAAUAUCUGCCAUGGUUUUAUCUGGUGUGAUACCAAAGUACAUUCUGCCCGAGUAUGAUUCUAUUCUGGCAAUGUAUGAGGUAGAGGAAGCAAUAUACGAUCUACAGAAGGAAAACCGAAAACCAGCUGCUGUUUUAAUCGUUUCUCCUAGUUACCACGGUAUAUGCAGCGAUAUUGCUGCAAUUUCUAAGUUAUGCCAUGAUAAAAAGAUCCCUUUAAUCGUUGAUGAGGCUCACGGGGCCCACUUUGGCUUCCACACUUGCCUCCCGACCUCAGCUCUCGCUCAAGGGGCAGAUAUUGUCAUUCAGUCGACCCACAAAGUUUUAUCCUCUCUUACGCAGUCAUCAAUGCUACAUUUGUCCGGUAAACUUGUAGAUAGAGAAAAAAUUUGCAGGUCCCUUCAAAUGCUCCAAAGCAGCAGCCCGAGUUAUUUGCUGUUAGCUUCAUUGGAUGCUGCCACGGCUCAACUUAGUGGUGAUAACCGAGAAACUAUUUUCGGUAGAGCUAUUGAGCUAGCUCUCGAGGCAAAAACUAUGAUCAGUAAAAUUCCCAAGAUUUCACUCUUUAAAUGUCGUCAUAUGGAUCCUUUGAGAGUUACGGUUGGCGUCCAAGAUCUUGGUCUUUCAGGCUUUGAAGCGGACGAUAUUUUAUUCAAGGACUUUAAGGUAAUUCCUGAACUUGUAGGGACUCGGUCUAUUACAUUAGCUUUUAACCUUGGGACAAAGAGAGAACAUGUUUCGAGACUCAUUUCGGGAUUGGAGCAUUUGUCGGCUACUUUUGGUGGCUUGGCAGGAAAAGCGAGUGAUGACACAAACAUAGCUGUGUUUAAUGAUAUAAACAUGGUUUUGAGUCCUAGAGAUGCGUUUUUUGUGCGUAAAAGAAAAGUUGGACUCGACGAGUGUCUUGGUAAAAUAUGUGGUGAGCUGAUAUGUCCUUAUCCGCCUGGGAUUCCGGUUUUAGUACCGGGUGAAGUUAUUACAGAAAGUGCCUUGGGAUAUUUGUUGAGUGUUAAAAGAAUGGGGGCAGUUAUCACUGGGGCUGUCGAUCCUAGUCUUUUGUCCCUUGUUGUAUGUGAAGUUUCGGAAAAUUUUACCGCUGUAAGACAAAGAGUCAUUACUUAGCGAGAGAUUUUGGAUUCAGUCGACUGCUGAUUGUUUAGGACUGAUUUUUUUUUUUUUUUUUUU